AAAAAGCAGACUUUCUCCCUAAUCAUUGGGUGGUUAUUUCUCUCUGUGCCUCCUCGCUCUACCCUCUCAUCCUGCAUGCGCUGGAUCAGCUGAUCAGUCACGUGGCGUGAUGUCACGUAUCGCCCCCUUUGCAAAAUGGAGUUGAGUGAGUCCGUUCAGAGGGGAAUGCGUCUCCUCGCUUGUCCGUCCUCGGUGGACCAAAGGAGCUUCCAGGAGCUGGUGGAGGUGUGUUUCCGGAGUCUGGUCUCCUCCCAGGGAGACGCUACAGUCCUCGAUCAGCCCGAGCUGAAGAGCAUCGACAGAGUCCAGCUGAAGCAGAUCCACACUGCAGCGACCACCUUCAUCCUGGAGGGGGUCAAGCAGAACGCAGACAAAUCAGCUGUAAGCUCCAGCCUUGAGGAGCUCACGUUCAGCCCGGAAAGGAUAGAACUAUUCUACAACACGUAUCAGAAACAUAAAAAAGAACUGGAGGGUCUGUUAGCCAGCAUAGGAAGACGUCCAGCUCAGAUUACUGACGUGUCAUGGCGCCUGCAGUACAACAUGAAGAACAGACAGAUCGAUAAAGUCAAUGAGCCUUUUUACUCCAUAUCGCUAAACACCGAGAACAAGGGAACGUCUGAAGACAUCGACUUCACCUGCACGAUGGAGCAGCUGCAGGAUCUGGUGGGGAAGCUGAAGGACGCAGCCAAGAGUGUGGAGAAAGCCAGUCAGAUGUGAAGUUCCAUCACCUCCACCUGGUUCCUUUAGCAACCAAAUCCCAGUUUAUGUUGUUAGUUGGACUGAUAUUAAUGAUAUACUUUUUUCAAGCUGAUGACGCAUUUCCUGUUUUUUCUCAAUAAAUUGGCACAACGUGCUCACAUGCGCAACUGUUAUUCUAUUAUUUGUAUUUGAAUAAAGUUGUUUUGAAUCAGAA